AUGGGCAUGUCUGAGGCUUCCCCUGCCUCUAGGCAGUCCAAUAUCGCUCCUCCUGAUGAUUUUCCUGGUAUUAGGGAGCGGAUAAUCAAAAUUGAAAGGGGUUCACCCUUCAAGGGCGGUUUGGACACAACGGCUUCCCGCUUGCUUAUGAGCGAGGGAAUGGGGUGGAUACCCGCCAGUUGCGACCGUAGGGGAAUGGGGCUCGUUGCAAUGACUGAGAUGACCCGAGGCCAUUUAAUUGCCCAUGAAACAGUGAUGGUUGUGGACGAAACAUUGGAAUCCAUGGGAGGUUCGAUCAAAGAUUACAACGAGAUGCUCGCACAGCGUCUCAAGGCAGUAAAGAACAAUCAGAAGUUUGCCCAUUACUUCUUUGGCCUCGGAAAAGGUUCAGAAGAGAAAUUUGGAAAGCUAGGCGCCUAUUUUGAGAGGAACUGCAUUCCAUGCCCCCUUCCGUCGGGACGCAAGGUCCGAGUGCUUGGUCCCUGGAUCUCGAUUAUCAACCACUCUUGUGCACCAAAUGCGGAGCAGACUCUCCUCGAAACUACAAUCGGAGGUACCAAGUUUAGCUUCGUCGACAUACGCGCAUGCCGAAAAAUAAUGCCAGGGGAAGAAAUCACAGUGUCGUACCAAGAUAUAUACCUAACUGCCGCCGAAAGGAAAAAAUUCAUGGACAAGAAAUUUGGCUUUGAGUGUGCUUGCAAAUGCUGUUUGCAUCCAAACCCUCAUUUGGAAGCGGACUUCCGUUUUGUAAAAAGGAAGCUUCCAAUCGUGCUUUCGCCGGCCGUGGGUAGGACCCAGCCUGCUAAAGCUCUGAAAAACGCAUAUCAUGUUCUCAGCAGGCUUAUGAGAAACGGAAUUCAGGAUCGGAGGUAUCCUGAUAUCCUGGCCUACUGUGCGAGAAUAUGCGCGUUCCACUCAGAUGUAGGCCGAGUGUUGGCCUUUUUGAAUACAGCACAAGCGGCUUUUUACAGAACCCAAGGCAUUGAUGGGCCGGACCUUGCGAAAUUGCUUGAGAUUGAAGCAAAUGUUGAGUUACUAACCCGUAACCGCGACUCGUUGAGGGGUCGGUCGGCCAUCCAAGAGGCACAGGUGGUUGGGGUACUUGACCACGAAGGAUGCAGGAUUGGAUUCAUGCUCCAGGUCAACGAUUGCGACUACCUCCGGCUAUGUGACGCCAAAAGAUCGGAUAGGAAGAGCGGAGCGCCAGGGCUGCUGGAUGACAGGGCUAGUGGCAACGAGCUGCCGGACUUGCCAGCGCUUCUACAGGACCUUGCCUUGGAGAAAAAGGAACAUGAUGAAAUGAGGCUUCGUCCGAGGAAAGAGAAAAGCGCUCAAAAGAAACGAAGAGCUCAGAACAAGAAGUAA